AUGCAAGAGGUCAUUGCUGGGCUGGAGCAGCUCACCUUCACCUUCGAGAAGGACGUAGAGAUGCCGAAGGGCACUGGCCUCCUGCCUUUCCAGGGCAUGGACAAGUUGGGCUCGGCUGUGUGCAGCUUCUUCGCUAAAGGGCUCUGUGACAAAGGGAAGCUCUGCCCGUUCCGGCACAACCGGGGGGUGGGGGUAGCUGAUGGUAAGCACUGGCUCUGGGGCCUGUGUAAGAAGGGCGACCAGUGCAGUUUCUGGGACCAGCAUGACAUCACCAGGAUGCCCGAGUGCUACUUCUACUCCAAGUUCGGACCUCCUUUUGUCAUCCACGGGGCUGCAGAGGGGGAAGACAUGGCCACUAGUCACCUCCUUUAA